AUGGUUCUGGAAAUGGUUGGUGAGACGAAAAAUACUGAUACCAACACUGAUGAUUCAAGUGAAAUAUAUUUUCCUGACUGGAUAUAUUACCACCUCGCACAAAAUGCUCAACUUGAUCUCAAUUGCAACGUGAAUGAAGAUGAACAUUUGAUGAUAAGGAAAAUGAUAAUAGUUGGCUUAUGGUGCAUACAGAAUAAUCCUAGAAUGAGGCCAUCAAUGACAAGAGUGUUAGAAAUGUUGGAAGGGAACAUAGAAUCCUUGCAAAUCCCGCCUAACCUGCACAUUGCUUCACCACAUCUAUCAGCAGCAAAUCCUUCAACUUCCGAGUUAGCUCUCUGA